AUGCUGCAGUUUAUAGCUCUUAACGAGGAUCUACAAAAGGUGGCCAAUACGCAGUUGGGAGAGAAACCAUCAAGGAUAGCUGAGGAUUUACUGGCCCUCCGAACAUGGAUUGAAACACAACCACAUCUCAAAGCCAGAACGGAUGAUCAAUUCCUAAUACAAUUUCUCAGAGGCUGUAAAUACAGCCUGGAAAAGGCUAAACAAAAAUUGGAUAUUUUCUUUGCGAUGAGGACACAAUGUGGGGAAUUAUUCAACGUUACAAAUGUCGAUGAUAUGGCAUUUCGUAAAUUUCAUUAUACAGGAACACUUCUUUUCCUGCCGAUACCCUUAAACGACAAUGGCCCUCGGAUAAUUUUCUAUCGUUGUAAUUAUGCUGCUCAGGAUUUCACUGUGGAACUGGUUACUCAAUUUAUAACAGCAUUGCAUGAACUAGCAAUGAUAUCAGAUCCUUAUGCUUGUGUUAAUGGGAUAUCCUAUGUCCUUGACCUGUCGAAGCUAACGCUACAGCAUGCAAUGCUACUAACACCCAUGUAUCUCAAAAAGAUUGUACAAUUUUUUGAAAAUACAUUGCCAAUGCGUGUCAAUUCGCUAACGGUCAUAAAUUUAUCACCGGCCGCGGACCACCUGCAAAAGAUAAUAUUUUCAUGUUUUCCGGAGAAAAUAAGGAAGAGGAUCUUCAUUUGUGGCCGUAAUUUUGAUGAUGUAUCCUCGCAUAUACCGCGUAAAUACUUUCCUCAAGAAUAUGGUGGAGAAAAUGGUUCUUUGGCCCAACUUGUUGAGGAAAAUAACAAAAUGUGGGAUAAGUAUCGUAACUAUUUUAAGGGCAAUGCGGAUUAUGGUACCAAUGAACGUUUACGUUUUGGCAAACAGUUGAACUUUGGAGAUAAUUUGGGUAUGACCGGUGGGUCGUUUAGGAAACUUGAUGUGGACUGA